AUGUCGUCCACGCUGGUGAACAGAAGGAGAGGUGUCAUAGUAAAGGUGCAAGAGGAAGUACUUCAGCUGGGAUUGGGGAACCAUCCUCUGCGGAUUGUCUGUGCAGGGGAACCCAGCGCACCCAAACUGGAAGGCCAGAUGGGAGAAGAUGGAAACUCCAUUAAAGUGAAUGUUAUCAAGCAGGAUGAUGGUGGCUCCCCAAUUAGACAUUAUCUGAUCAAAUACAAAGCCAAGCAUUCCUCAGAAUGGAAACCAGAGAUCAGACUUCCGUCUGGCAGUGACCACGUCAUGCUCAAGUCCCUGGACUGGAAUGCGGAGUAUGAGGUUUAUGUGAUAGCAGAAAACCAGCAAGGGAAGUCCAAACCAGCUCACUAUGCUUUCCGAACUUCUGCUCAGCCUACUGUCAUCCCAGCCAGCACUAGCCCUACAUCAGGCCUUGGGACUGCUGCCAUCAUAGGCAUUCUCAUUGUUAUCUUUGUGCUGCUCCUGGUGGCUGUGGAUGUCACCUGCUACUUCCUCAACAAGUGUGGCCUGCUGAUGUGCAUUGCUGUCAAUUUAUGUGGCAAAUCCGGCCCAGGAGCCAAGGGCAAAGACAUGGAGGAAGGCAAAGCCGCCUUCUCGAAAGAUGAGUCCAAGGAGCCUAUUGUGGAGGUGCGGACUGAAGAGGAGCGGACACCCAACCAUGAUGGGGGAAAACACACAGAGCCCAAUGAGACCACCCCGCUGACGGAGCCAGAGCACCCCGCCGAUACUGCAGCUACUGUUGAGGACAUGCUGCCUUCCGUAACUACAGGCACCACUAACUCUGAUACUAUCACUGAAACUUUUGCCACUGCUCAGAACAGCCCUACCAGCGAGACCACUACGCUGACCUCCAGUAUUGCCCUGCCAGCCGCGGCCAUUCCUGACUCAAACUCCAUGUCGCCUGGCCAGGCUACUCCAGCCAAAGGGGCAGCCUCCUCAGUCUCUUCACCACCACCCUCCUCCACCCCUAAAGUGGCCCCUCUUGUUGAUCUCAGUGAUACCCCAAGCUCUACUCCAGCUACUAAUAAUUUGUCUUCAAGUGUCCUGUCCAACCAAGGUGCAGUGCUCAGCCCCAGCGCUGUUGCUAACGUGGCCGAGACCUCCAAAGUGGCAGCUAGUAACAAGUCAGCUGCCCCAAGCCCUGCAAACCUCACUAGCCCUCCAGCUCCUUCAGAGCCCAAGCAGGAGAUCUCAAGCACCAAGAGCCCUGAAAAAGAAGCUGUGCAGCCCAAUACAGUGAAGAGCCCAACAGAGACAACCAAGAACCCAUGCAAUCUGAAGAGCGAGGCUGCUUCAGGCAGCACCGUAAACCCCUCCCAGAAUGAGGACUUUAAAAUGGACGAAGGGACCUUCAAGACACCAGACAUUGACCUUGCAAAGGAUGUUUUUGCAGCUCUUGGCACUGCUACUCCUGCCAGUGUGAAUAGUGGGCAAGCUCGUGAGCUUGCUUCUUCCACUGCAGACAGCUCUGUACCUGCUGCACCUGCAAAGACCGAGAAAAUCCCAGUAGAAGACAAAUCUGAAGUGCAAGCAACGGAAACUAAGACACCUCCAGCAGAAGUCAAGACGGUCCCCAAUGAAGCCACACAAACAAAUGAAAAUGAGAGCAAAGCAUGAUCAGCAACAGAUGAAAACAAAUGACAGAACAACUUCACCCAAG